AUGUCGAGCACAAAUCAGACGCGGGUUCUCACCCCGACCUCAGAAGUCAUUACGACUCACCGAAGCUCCUUGGCUCCUCCUCCGAAGCGUGGGUUCUCUGCGAUUUCCCGCGCGUCGUAUUCCUCGAGCUCGUCAGCGUCCGACUAUCACGACAUAGUCGAAAUUCCCGAGGUGCUGAACUCGCAGGAGACAUUGGAGUUCUUUGGCUUCCAGCCCGACGCUGCCAAAAUGAUCUUUGAGUCUUGGGAGCAGCUACAGCAGACGCCGCGACAAUUGGGACACGGCGAGAACAUCCUCACAGCAGCAGAACAUUACAUUAUUCGCAUGGCAGACGUCGAAGAUGCAUGGCUUCCUACCCAUAACUAG